AUGAGGGUAAAACUAGAUCCGCAAUCCUUACGCAAUCGUUUACUAGUACAAAUAAUAAAAGAAAAGGGAAAUACAGUUUCCAUAAGUGAAAAGUCCGAGAUUGCAACAGCUUUUUACGAAGAACUUAAAUUUCGUCACGACCAACGAGACCAAGCAGAACAAGUUUUUAGAAACACGGUCGAAUGCCUUUAUCAAUAUGAUUAUCUGAAUGACAUAGAAGUAGAAAGUGAAAGCGAAAGCGAAAGCGAUUAUGAUACAACUGAUGAUGAAUUUGACGAGAGUUAUUGCACAGCUGAAAUUAUCAAUAUUUCCGAUCACGAGGCAGUAGAUCAACACAGUGAACUGAAGAAAUGGGUACUUGAAAAUCGAGUUCCUGACAUAACUGAUAAAGAAAAGGAUACAAUAGACAACUAUGUAUUAGAUGUAUUUGAGCGUAACGUAGAAGGUACUAUGAAGUCUAUCAAAGAGAAAAAAGUUGACCUAAAUCCAAAGGAUGCUUCGUUCGUGAAAAGAAUUUUGGAUACAUGGGCUUAUAAGUGGAAAUCAGAAUUCAACGAAACCAUGAGCGAGCCAACGUAUACAGCAACAUGGAUUGCACCAGAUUUCGAAAUUUUGAAAAGCAAAGAUCCUGGCUUAUUUGAUAGCUCAUGGUGCGAAAUGAUCCAUCCAUCAUCAAAAUGGCGAAGACGGAACGUGUACAAGUCCAAUAAGAAGACCGGUAGGAAAUGCGAUGGUAUACUUUUCAUAAAAAGUAGCGCAAUAGAAAGAUUAGUGUUCGAAAAUGUUUGCUCCCCGAAAAAGGAGAAGCUUCCAAAGUAUUACAAUCAUUUCGUAAUGCUGUCGAUACUCUGUGCAAAAGAUUUUGGACAAAUAGGCAAGGAGAUGUGGAAAUCUCCAGGAAAUAUAACCUUUAGUGUUGAUUUACUUUCUAACAAUAAAUUAGAAAAUCAAGGUGAACUCUGGAGGAUAUGCUUGGCCGGCAAAGACAAAUUUCUUGCUGAAAGAAUUUACAAGUUGGAAAUACCUUGGAAAUUUGAAGAUGACUGGACGAAAUUAGCGGAUGUUUGUAAAAUGUUGUUACUAAUAGAAAGUAUUUUCAGGUGUAACGAUGAUUUUUAUCAUGAUUAUACGAAAUCUGUUCAAAAAAAGAAUAUCGUGCGUGUAGCGGAAUGGUUAUCAUUAAACCCAAUCUCUCCACAAAAACCACAAAAGGAAAAGAAACUCAAAAAUAAGAUUUAA